UGUGUUUCCGCUGCGCCACGACGGGAACUCCUGUUUUCAACUGAAUGAUGAUGCACCCCUGCCGAGGUUUCGGGACACACCUAUGUGGUACUUCGGUGUUUCUGGUCUUCAGUUUCUACGUCAGAGACGAGAAAGUGGCUUUUGCAAAGCGAGGGAGCUACGUGGCUUUCCAGAGAAGCUGCUUCACUCGGGCUGCCGACCUUCCCUGGGGCUUCUCCUGGGCCUCUGUCUCGCAGGGAGCCACCUUCCCCCACAGAACCUUCUGUGGGGCCAGCCUCGUGGUCCAUGUGUAAGGACAGCUCAUCGGGGGCCAAGGGUGUGUGCGCCUCACACUCAGGACGGGCCUGCAGGGGCGGGGGGGCUGGCAGUGCCUCGGGCCCUGGGCUGGGCUUUGGGUGGCCCUGCCUGGCACGGGAAAGGGGCCCACCCCUCACCUCCAGGGGGAGAGGGCCGCUCCUGCAUGGCAGCAGGGCCUGGGCCGGAGCACACGUGGGUCCAGCAUCCAGCACUCAGCCAGGACCUGCCUCACCAGUCAGCUGCGCAGAGGGGUGCUCCAGGGCCUGGGAGUCGCCAUCGGCAGUGAGGGUGUGUCAGGCCCACCACUGCCAAGGGGGCUGCUCAGGUGGUGGCCUCACCCGGUGCCCCCAAGCUCUGCCCACCUCCCCCCACAGGUGGCACCUCCAAAGCCCUUGCCCCUGCCCAGAAGGCCUCUUGGACGUGAGGGGAGGGAAGAGUGGGCCCCUUUCCCGUCGUGCCAAGCAGAUACACCCAAAUGCCCACCUCGGAGCCCUAGGCACUGCCAGCCUCCUGCCUCCACAGCAGGCCUGGCCUCAGCUGCUGGACCAAAACAGAUGUGGCGACCUCGAGGCCGCCCGGCCUCCGGGGGCCUGGCAGGGCGGGUGGGCAGUCAGGGAGCCAGAUGGCUGCUCAGCCCCACGUCAAGGCCACACCCAGGGUGAGAGUGAGCCCAGCCCUGGCCCCAGGCCUUGGGCUGGGGAGGCCAGGCGGCUCUGGAAGCCUGUCCACUGGGGGAGGCCAUACCGGCCUUGGGGGAAUGGGCAGGAGUGAGGCGAGGAGCCCCAGGUCCGCCUGCCCAGGGGCCCGCGUACUGGGCUGGCUCUGGGGACGCGUCCUCAGCCUGGAGGGCACUCUGCGGAGAAGGCCCCGUCCCCACCCGCAGGACCCUGUCCCCUGAAGCGUCCUGUGCUGCUGCGGAGCAGGACGUGGCCAGGACACGCCCGGCCGAUCACAGGGUUGCCGCCUCGCUCCCAUGCCCUGCAGCCCUGAGGAGAGAGGGGAGCUGGGCCCUUUGAGGAUCCCUGUGCUGUCCAUUUGCCCCACAGACAUGAGAGAGCCACUGGGUGGCAUGAGGGACCCGAUGGGGCGCAAAGGCUGGUCCUUGCCCGCAGGAAGUUUCCCACCAACACCUUCCAGAGGCCGCCCUCCGUGGGACUGCUGCUCACUGCAGGUGACGAGAGCAGGGCCUGGGCCCAUGCUUGCGGUCACGUGUGGCACUGGGGGGCGGUGUCACCAUCCCAGGUCUCAGCAAGGCACACCAAGCCUCGGGUGGCACAGGACCUGCCCAGGGCACCUAGUGGUCGGAGGGUGGGAGCUCAAAUGAGACCCAACUACUAAAGGCAGGGUGUGGACAGGUGGCUUUGAUGAGGCCGGGGUGCUCUGUGGGUCAGACCACAGGGGACCCCCCUGGGGGCGGGGCAACAAGGAGCGCCGCCUCCCGGACACACCCGCCUAGCCUCCCAGCCAUCAGGGGAAGCCUGAGGUCCAGACACCCAGCCGGAGGGAGCCCCUCUUCCAGUCCCGUCCAGGGAUGUCCGUCUCUCCCCACAGCCCGAGGACACGGCCCGGCCGGCCUCCCUUGGGUUCCCGGCCCCUCCAGCUGCCACACUCCCUGGGAGCAGAGUCUGGGCCCCUCCAUGCCCCAACCUGGGCCCUGGGGCCAGCCUUCUGACCGUGACCUGCCCCUCCCUGGCAGGGCCCCGUGGCAUCGGGCGGUGAGUGGACUCAGUAACUCUUGGUGAUGGGCUGGUCUGAUGAGGCCCAGCUGCCUGGGGGUCGUCCCUGGGCUGGCACUUUGGGAGAUGGCCCCACCGGCUGGGGGCUCCGUGCGGCCGCUUCCUGAGCCCCUUCCUCUCUCUGGGACUGAGGCUGCUUCUUCAGGAAACAGAGGGGGGCUGGAUGGCUCAGGGAGUUGGGCCUGUUGCACUGGGGUGGGGGGACUGACACCCAGAGGGAGGGUGCAAAGGCAGGAACCAGGGCCUGGGCAGGGAGAAGGAAGGGGAGGCAACCCUCAGAGCAGUGUCCCCCUGGCUGCUCGUCCCGCGGUGGGGGGAGGGGCAGGAGGCCAGAGGGCAGCUGGUGCCCGCCCUGCAGGUCUCCCAAAGCGCUCCCCACGUUCUCUUAGGCGGCCCUUGCGCUGACCGUGCUCCUGCAGGCACCUGGCGGGGAAGCAGGGCAGACCCUGGUCCAAAGCCUGCUGGCCCUGCCAGGCACCGGGCCCACCCCCGCCCCCGCCCCGGCCCUGCAGCGCCGAGGACCCAGGCCUCUGUCACCCCGCACCGAGGGCGGCAGUAGCCCCUCCUGCUGCACAGGCCCGGGCCCCCUCUCCUCGUAAAUCGGAGCCACACUUGGUUCCCCGCGCGGCCCCUCCCGGCCCCCUCCCACCUCCUGCCGUCAUUCCUGGCAGAGGCCGCAGUGAGCUCACUCAUUACAUAAGGCAUCCGAGCUAUUUCUUGGGGGAACGAGCUCCCCCACACGGGGCCCAUUUCCCCUCUCCUCCUCCAACCAGCAACCACCACGCACCCAGGGCGUCUGGGCACGAGGGGCGAGCCUCCUUGCUGCAGGGGGCCCCAGAACGAGGGUGAAGAGAAGGGCUGCAGCUCUUUGCAGCUUCCCUGGGGCUGUGGGCAGAGCCCCCACCCGCCCCCGCCCCAGGCACCAUGGGAGGGAAGGAGGCCCUCCCAGGGCACCAUCCUGUCCCCAGGGGGGCGGGGGGGAGAUGGACUUUCUCCCCAGGACCCGUGGGCUACCCCCCCCACCAGUGCUCUUGUGCUCCGAGCGCAAGAAUGGUCCGGCCAGGACUCUUGUUCUUGGGGGAGUGGCAAUCAGACUUCACUUUGGUCAGGACAGAGGAGUCUGGCAAAGCCUCCGAUGGGAGGUGGAUGCCAGCCCGGAAGCCCAUCGAGGCGGCAGGCGUCCUCCCAGGACUCGGUCUGGCCUCAGCUGUCGGGGGAGAAGGGCCCGGGGGACCUUGGCCAUGCUGCCUCAUUUCUGCGGCCUGGGACCAAAGGCCGUCUGAACGGACACGGGGGCCCCGGCGGGACGCAGCUGGGGGGUGGGCUGGGCUUUUUGGGGGCCAAGUGCGCUCCCUGGCCUGGAGAGGAGCAAAGCAGGUCCCCUUGUCACCUGCACGGACACUCCCGGAGGGGCAGUCGCGGGCCGGGAAGGGCUGGGCCCAGCCGCGACGCCCCCAGGCCUGGGCCGCCAAGCCCGAGAGGGGCCGCCUUCCUCUGAGCUCCGUGUUCGGGAGGAAGAGGGGAGGAAAGCGGCCCCAGCGCUGCCGCCCGCCCCGCCCGGACUCCCAGACGCUCCCGCCGGGAGCCUGGCGCGCCACACCCUGCCUGGGGACAAAGCUCCCGGGCGGGCGGGCGGCAGGGACCCCGGGGACCGCGUGCCAGCGGGUGGCACGGAGCCGGAAGCCCCGCGGCCCCUCCCGCCGGCUCCCAGCCCGGGGCCUCCGUCCUCCUGGAGACACGCGGAAUGAGACCGUGUUUUCCUUUCUUUGCAGAGACUCGCGGUCUUGGAACUUGCAGCCUCUUGGGUUUGCUAUUUUUACCCACCCUGAGCCUUCCGGUCUCCAUGGCGACGCCUCCAAACAGCAGAUUCCAGGCGGCAAUGACGUCACCUUUCCCUUUCCUGCCGCCCAGGCCUCCAGUCACCGCCGCGGGGCCAGGGCUGCAGCCGCUCUGGACACCUCCCGCCUCCCCGGCCCCUCAGCAGCGGGGCCAGGAGCAGCCGUGCCUCUGCCCGGGCUCCCUGCCACGCGGCCGAGCUCCCUGCGGGGGCUGCUGGGUCCUGGCGGCUGGACCUCGCAUCAGAAGCAGGGGACCGCCGGGGCCACGCAGGCCGGCGCACCAGGAGGCCCUGUGGCCCGUUGUGUGACAGCGGCCCGGGACGUCUGGUCCCCUCCGUGAGGCUGCCUCACUCCAGGCCAGGGGCCGCUGCCCGGCUGAGGGUCCCGAGGCCUCAGGCCCCACACCCUGGACCUGGUCUGGCAGCAGCACUGGGGGUGGCGGCCCCUCCUCCUGGGCCAGGUUGCCUGCAGUGGGUCACCCGGCUACGUGUCACCCAGCUGUCCUGUCAACGCCCAGCCUGGGGGCCGCCCUCUGCCCAGGCCAAGGAUGGGGACCCUUGGGCCAGAGGGCCACCUUGGGCCAGGACUGGGUGGGAGGGUGGGUCCCCUUCGUGGAGAAGCACCCUCGUCCUGGGUACACGCUCUGCCGUGGACUCAGAUGUUUGCCAAGAUGGCCUCAGUGAUGCCUCGCAGGAUGACAAGUGCAGCUGGGAGAGCCUCGUCCCCUCAUCCCCUCAUCCUUUCACCCCCUCGUUCCUGCCAUGGUCAGUUUUUCCUUCCGUGUGGGAGCCUACAGAGCCAGCGCACCCAGACACCGAGCCUGCAGAGGCCACUUGCUUGGUGGGCUGCUGGGGCUGCAUCUCUAAGCAGGCCCUGCUCCUUCUGUCACCCAGUCACCCACAGGGCCCAGGACACCAACCUCCAGCCCACCCCCACCAGCCUCAACUGGACCUCAUACGCUGGGCCUGGGGCGGGGAGCAGGCGGGGCCAGGCCAGGCCGAGAGGCAGGGCCACACGGGGUCCUGGCAGCCCCUAGAAGGACAAAGAAGGCACUUAGCAGAUCCCGUAGCCAACACCUCUGCUCCCAGAGAGAUACCGAAGGGAGUUGCUUUCAAGGCCCACAUUCCUGCUCUCCUGCUGGAUUCCAGCCCACGUCUUCCCAGGGAGACACACCCCUCUUCACCUGGCCGCUGGUCCCGAUGUGCUCUCUGGCAAAACAUCUACCCGGAGCAGGGGGGCCUGUAUUGCCCACUGCGAGGAAGGGCCACCAAAGCUGGUGGGAACCCCGCACCAGCCGAGCAGGGCGCCUCACCGGGGAGAGGACCGUCCCCCGGUCACAUGGCCUGGUGUGGGACAAUCUGAGCGAACCCCUUCCCGCCUCUGGUGUCAAAGCUUCGCUUGGCAGCUGUUCUUCCACCAGAGAAACUGUCUCCUGUGAGGCUUCUUAAGCAUCAGCAUCCCCGCCCUGAUGGCGGCCUGGACAGCGACGUCUGUCAGAGCCUCUGCAUUCACAGCCCCUCUCGUGGGCUCGGCAAAGAGCCUGGACAGAACAGGCCGGCGAGCAGGGUCAGGGACGUGACGCCAUGGGGGCCUCCAUUCCUCCCCCACCUGGAGAGAGGGGGCCAGCGAUGAAGGUACCUGGACCGGGGGGUGGCCCCCACCCGGAGCAGAGGCUGCAGAGCCCCUGGGAGCCGAUGCCCCUGGGAUCUCCAGAUGGUGUGUUGAGACCUCAUCCCAGUUAAGGGGGGGGCCUUUGGGGAGUGAUGGGUUAUAUGGGUGAUGGAUCAUUUAUUAGUGACCUCAUAAAAGGGACAGUGUCCUUGGCGCGUGGGGACAGAGAGGGAAA